AUGGACUUUGAUCCAUUUUGGAACUUUGAACAUAAUCUGGAACGUCUAAUCGAGGCCACCGCCUUGAAUCCACUAGGUAUGGAUGAGGUUCUUCUUCCCUCUGCAAGUGUUAUACCUAUAGAAUGGGAUAUCACCCCGACUUCGAACGCCGUAGCUGUUAACCAGGACACAAGUACUGCCGCUAAGGAACUAAGAGUUGAGUACAGAAUCUUGAAAAGAAGGUGUGAGGAAUUAGGAAUCUUCAGAUGGCCUCAUCGACAAUUAGUCAGCUUACAGAAAUUAUCCGAAAAUGUUAAGGAAUUGGGGAGCAUUGAAGAUGACCCUGAACUGAGAGAAGUACUCAAAGAAAUAAAAGAUAGAAGAGAAAUGAUGCUAACAAAUCCACAUUUGAAAUUGCAUCCAGCCGAAAUAAAGCUUAGAGAUGCAUGUACCAGAAAGAAAAGGCACAGAGAAAUGAUGAGUUUUAUUUCUCCUUGUACCCUUCCUGUUCCUUCAUUUGUGGUUGAUCAUAUUCUUCCUUUAACUGUGGAUCCACCUUCACGAGCGAUGGAAGAAAAUGAAUCGUUUCAGCUUUUGCUUGAUGGCUUCCAAUAA